AUGAAUAAAUGUUAAUUAGUAAGAUAAACAUCUGAAUAUGUUUUGAAAAAUGCUAAACAUUCUCAAGUAAACAUCUAAAAUUUAAAGUAAUUGGCAGAUGAUUUAUUAGAUUAAUUCUAAAAAGGAUACAAAUACACCGAGUUUGAAGAAUACGGAUGUCAUUAUUCAAAUUUUAAUUCCCCUGAACAAACAAUAGCCUAUAUAUUUAUUUUAGAUACUCUUAAUUUUUGUUUUUGGCCUUGUAAAGAAGAAUUCGAAUAUGAUGAUUUAGCAAAUGGAGUAAAGAAUUUGAUCUUUAACCAUUAUGAAGAUGUUCUUCCGAAAAACAUAAUUAACAUAAACGAAUAAUUUAUAAAAGAAUAAGUAUUCAAAAAUAUUGAUUUUCCCCUAAUAGAUGAAAGGACUAGACUUUUAUAAGAAAUAGGAAAAAUAACUUUAAAUUAUUUCUAAGGAGAAUAUAUUAAUAUAAUAAAAGAAGCAAAUAAAUCCUCGGUUAAACUAGUAGAUAUACUUACAAGUUUUUUUAAUAACUUUUAAGAUAUUGCCAUUUAUUAAGGACAUUAAAUUUGCUUUUAUAAAAGGGCUUAAAUUCUUGUUGCAGAUUUAUUUGGAGCUUUUAAAGGCUAGUCUUUUGGAGAAUUCUAUGAUAUUGAUUAGUUGACUACUUUUCCUGAUUAUAGAGUUCCUCAAAUUCUUAAUUAAUUUUAAGUUAUUUAAUAUUCAAAUGAACUUUAAAAUAUUAUUGAUAAUAAAACAAUUAUUUAACAUGGAAGUGAAUAUGAAGUACUUUUAAUAAUUUUAUUUAUUAAUAUAUUUAUUAUUUGGUAAAAGAUUGAAAUUAGGGCUUGUACUGUAUAUAGUGUAGAAGAAUUAAAAAAAUAUUUAAAAUAAAAAGGAAAAGAUUUACAUUCUAUUGAAAUCGACUGGAUUUUAUGGUAAAAAGGUGAAGAAAACAGGCAUAAUAUUAAAAACCAUCAUAGAGUUUUAUCAAUCUAUUAUUGA